CAAUUAAGACGAAUUUCAAAAUUAAACCAGAGCAAAGUUUUCCUAUCCUAAUAAUUGAGGGUCAUACAAUCGAAGUUCUAGUUUCAAAAAAUCCAACACGGCUCGAUCGGUUGCUCGUCAAGCCUUCAAGAAAAACCGCUUCUUUUCCUUCCCAAAUCAAAGGCACUCGAGCUCUCAUAAAAUGAAGGCACGAAGAUUGCAUUUUUGAAUUGGGUUUGUUCUCUUUCCUUUCUUCUUAAUUAAAGCCGUUGAUCUCCGCGCAGCCACAUGGUCCUCUUCUUCCCAAUGAUUGUUUAUAUGAGUUAUGAUAAAAAGAUCAGUUCUUGCGAAGAUCAGCAGCCGAAAGCUACCCCCUUUAGCCUUGUUCUUCUGUUCCUCCACCCAAACGCAUGAAAAUGAGUGGGAAAAACUACUCAAACCCUUCGAUAUCGAAUCCCUUCGCCAAUCUUUCAACCGAAUCACACCAGCAAGACUCUGCAAAUUUCUUCAGCUCCCACUCGAUAUCCCAACCUCAGUGCACCUCUUCAAUUGGGCAGGUGCCCAAAAUGGCUACUCUCAUUCCUUUGAUGUAUACUGCACUCUCGUCGCCAAAUUAAGCGAAGCCGGAGAGUUUGAUGCUAUAGAUAAAUUACUACAGCAAGCCAAGGACGAAGGCGUUGUGUUAAGAGAGCGUUUGUUCAUAUUCAUCAUGAUUGGAUAUGGGAAGGCUGGGUUACCCGGGGCUGCGGUCAAGCUGCUCGAUGAAAUGCCCGGAUUGUUCGAUUGUUCGCCAACCUUUAGAUCGUACAAUGUCGUUCUGGAUAUCUUGGUGAAAACAAAUUGUUAUGAUAUGGCAGCGAAGUUGUUCUUCAAAAUGUUACAUAAGAAAGUGUCGCCUACUACUUUCACUUUCUCUAUAGUGAUGAAGGCUUUAUGUGCAAUGAAUAAGGUAGAGUUUGCAUGCUCGCUUCGUAAAGAAAUGGUGAGGCAUGGGUGUGUUCAAGAUUCAGUUAUUAAUCAAACGUUGAUACAUGCUCUCUAUAGGGAGAAUAGAGCUUCGGAAGCUUUGAGGCUUUUGGAGGAGAUGCUUGCUGUGGGUUGUUCGCCCGAUGCUAUGACCUUUAAUGAUGUUAUUCAUGGUCUUUGUAAAGUUGGUCAGACGAGAGAAGCACUUAAGUUGAUUGAUAGAAUGAUCGCUCAAGGAUUUACACCGAGUGCUUUGACCUAUGGAGUUUUAUUACAAGGGUUGUGUAAUAAAGGCCAAUUGGAUAAAGCAAGUGCUUUAUUGCAGAAAUUGUGUGGAAAAGAUCACGCUACUGACAUGAAAGCAGUUUUGGAUGCAAUACCGAAUUCAAUGGUGGUUUUGGUAAACACCAUGAUCAGUGGAUUUGUGAAAGAGGGAAGGCUAACAGAAGCAAAGGAGCUUUAUGACAAUAUGCUGAUGAAUGGGUAUGAUCCCGAUAUUUAUACUUACAAUAUAAUUAUUCAAGGCCUAUGUAAGGAAAAGAGAUUUUGGGCGGCUAUACUAUUACUUAAAGAGAUGGAAGAAAAGGCGUGCACACCAAACAUUGUCACAUAUACAAUUUUGAUAGAUGGGUUUUGUAAAGAUCGUCGAUGGGAGGAAGCUAAUAAAGUUUUGGACCAAAUGUCUUCAAAAGGUUUGAGUCUGAAUACCGUAGGAUAUAACUGCCUGAUCUCUGGUCUGUGCAAAGAUCGGAAAGUUGAACAGGCUAUGGAAAUCUUCGAAAAGAUGAGAAGAGGAGGGUAUAAGCCUGAUAUUUUUACUUUUAAUUCUCUCUUAUAUGGCUUGUGUCAGGUUGGCAAGAUCGAGGAAGCAUUCUGUUUAUAUGAUGACUUGUUAUUGGAGGGUGUUAUUGCUAAUACCGUAACAUAUAAUACACUGAUUCAUGCAGUGCUAUGGAAAGGCGAUUGGCAAAAAUCGUUAGAUAUUGCUAAGGAAAUGAUAUCUCGUGGAUGUUCGCUUGAUGUUGUGAGCUAUAACGGGCUAAUAAAAGCACUUUGUAAAGGUGGAGAGGUUAAGACAGGCUUGGGGAUGCUUGAGGAGAUGACGAGAAAAGGUAUCUCUGCAAGUAAUGUUUCUUAUAAUCUCCUAAUAAAUGGCCUAUGCAAAGAAAAGAAAGUUCAAGAUGCCCUCGAACUCUUACAAGAAAUGCUUCAUCGAGGAUUCACACCUGAUAUAGUUACGUAUAAUAGUCUAAUGAAUGGAAUGUGCAAGAUGGGUAAGAUGAGUCAGGCUUUGAAACUCCUAGAGAAUAUAUAUGCUGAAGGGUUAGUUCCGGAUACAGUGACGUACAAUAUUCUCAUUAGUUGGCAUUGCAAAGCAGACAUGCUUGAUGAUGCGAGCUCGCUUUUGAGUAGGGCUGUGAAUUGUGGGAUAAUCCCCAACAAUAGGACAUGGGACAUAAUGGCCAGUAACUUCAUUAAAGAACCGAGAUUUUCGUUGCCACUGUAAGGAUUCAUAUACUAGCUGUUGUGAUGCCAUUUACAAUAGGGGGUUUAUCAUUUGGAGAUUCGAGAUGUAUACUCCAAGCCAAAGACUCGAUCAGCAUAGAAGAAGCACAAUUUUAGAGCUAUUUGAUUCGGUAAGCGUUACUAUACAUCCAAACUUUUGAUGCCUACUUUCUUGACCUUGUGAGCUGAUUUUUCUUGUAAAACCGUUACCGUGUACAAUUUAUAUCCUGAUGUAUGCUGUGCCAUAAUCACUAUGGAUUCUCAGAUAAUGCUUACAACGGAAUAGCACUCUUUAGCAACGUUGCCUUUUUAGUGAUCAUUAGAACUAGGGGUGCUAAACCGUAUCCGUAUCCGAGAAAAUAUCCGU